GAUGGCCCAGUCUUGUUCUCAUCUCGACAAAAGGAACACUAUCCUUUCAACGAGCCACCAUGUUCACCAAGGUCCUUCUCUGCUGCAUUCUGGCCGUCGCUGCCUCUGCUCCCGUUGAGGAAUACCCACCACAGCCAUACAGCUUCAGCUACGACACCACCGACGAGUUCGGCACCCGCCUGACCCGCGAGGAGUCCGGUGACGCCAACAACAACAAGGUCGGAUCCUACAGCUACACCGACGCCAACGGCAUCUCCCGUACCGUCAAGUACACCGCCGAUGCCGAGGGUUUCCACGCCACCGUCGAGACCAACGAGCCAGGAACCAAGAGCUCCAACCCAGCCGAUGCCCUGUACACCUCCGCCGCCGUUGAGGUCGCCCCUGCCCCAGCUGCCGCUGUCGUCGCCAAGCCUGUUGUCGCCGCCGUGAAGCCCGUGGUCGUUCAGGCCGCCCCAGCCCCAGUCACCGUUCACGCCGUUCAGGCCGUGCACCCAGCUCAGUUCGCCGUGCAUGCUGUGCGCCCCGCUCAGUUCGCCGUGCACGCUGCUCCCGUUGCUUACGCCACUGGCCACCACGUGGCCCCCUUGACCCUGGUCCACCCUGCUCCCUACACCGCCAAGGCUUAAGCGAAGCAUUAUUAU